AUUCUGUCACCCCCCAGCCUCUCUGGGCCUUGGCCAGACUUGCCACCCCAUCUCUGACCUUCUGCUUCCAGGCCUAAUCAGGCCCCUCUUUCUUGGGCCAAUCUGCUCUUUUAAACACCUAACGUUACUAUGCUGUCCUUGUAUCAUUGUCCGAGACAGAAAUCCAUGCCACAGGUCUUUAUCAACGGAAGAUGAAGAUCUUAUGGGGAUCAAUGGUGUUGCUGGUUUGCAGUGUUUUGGCAGUAAAUGGGAACCUCUUUCAGUUCGGAAGAAUGAUCCAAAAGCUCACUGGGAAAACGUCUUUCCCCCACUACACCACGUACGGGUGUUACUGCGGGGUGGGUGGCCAAGGCAAACCGCGAGACGACACCGACCGCUGCUGCCUGGCCCACGACUGCUGCUACGAAAAGUUGAAGGACUGUAACGCCAACACCGACAUAUACAACUAUUCCAUCGACGAUGGAGUUAUUACUUGUGGUGAAGGAAGCAGCUGUGAAAAGCAGAUCUGUGAAUGUGACAAAACAGCAGCCCUCUGCCUGAAGGACCACCUGGACACUUACAAUGAGGAGUAUCGCUUUUACUUCGACAAGAACUGCAAGGAAGGGCCGAUGAAGUGCUGAGCUCAGCCCCUGCAGGCCCAAAGCUGCAUUGCAACUCCUCUUCAAAAAUAAAAAAAAUUAAGCUUGCA